ACGAGAAGGCAGAGGUGUUAAAGAAGGAUGAUGAGCGGAUAGAGGGGCUGUGGGCUGCUGGGGAAGUGGCGGGCGGUGUUCAUGGCGCAAAUAGGUUAGGAGGAUCAUCGCUGUUGGAGUGUGUGGUCUUUGGGAGGGUUGCGGGUGACGAAUGUGUGGAGUAUAUCAAAGGCCAAAUGUGAGACGUACAGUAUCAGAUCCAUAUUGUAGUCUCCAUGAUCGCAGCCGCGCCCGGGCACCGAAACGCGUUUGCGUCAUUGCCGUCGCGCAGCGUGUAGUGUGCCAAGCAAGCACCACAUCAAACGUUCCUGAGACCUGACCGCAGAACAUGCCAGCGUGUUUUCUCUCGUUCCCUUAUAGAUUUCUUACGCUUGAUCUCCUAUUUUUGUGCGGCGAUACCCUUCCUACUGCUACUCGAGUUUACGUUAGCAGCGCGCAGAUAGACGCGCUUCGCCAUAAUGCCAUCAGCAAUGGUAUCGCAGACGGUGCAGGGCGCGGUGCUCAGCGUGACGUCCAACAUACUCGCGCAAGCCCUUACGUCGUACAAAGAAGACACACCUUUCGCCAUUAGCCUCCCUCCCAUCCUCAAGUUCGCCAUCUUCAGCAUAAUCAGCAACCCGCCCAACAUUCUCUGGCAAACCUUCCUCGAGGACACAUUUCCAUCCAACGUGCCCGCCGAGCCCUUAGGAAAGCAGAUCAAAGAGAAGUCCGUUCAGACCACCCGCACCAGCAAGCGCAACCUGGUCGCCAAGUUUACUCUCGACCAAACGAUAGGCGCGGUAGUCAACACGCUCAUGUUCCUCGUAUACAUGGCCUACGUGAACGAUUCCAGCGCGAAGGACAACGCAUCGUGGAGCACAGUGCAGGCGGAUGUGAGCGAGCGGUUUUGGCCAAUGAUAAUGGACGGAUACAAGUUCUGGCCAGCGGUGUCGCUAGCAAGCUUUCUGUGGGUGCCGGUAGAUAAGAGGGUGGUCUUUGGGUGCUCGGCGGGCGUGUUGUGGGGCAUCUACCUGAGCUUGUCCGUGGCAAGCUGAGAGAUGUGAUUGACAAUACUGAGGCCCUGCAUAGACGGCAAGAAGCAAGAUUAUUUAUCUAUACUGGUUCUGCAAACUCGCUCGUGCAGGGACUUGUCUGAAUGAAGCGCUCUGGACCAAGUCCUGUAUCUCGAAAUUGCUGCGUUCACGCGGCGCUAUCAAGAGCUCAGCACUCUACAACCAUGGAACACUGUGGCUAUGCGAUCCAUUCCGUGCCCACGUGCGAAUGUGCACAAAUUUCUG